UCCUGGAGUGGACAGGAAGGGAGUAGUAGGACGUUGACGACGUCUACGGGUUACGACUACGAUUACGACUACGCCGACUACGGCAGUACUGUACUGUACAUUAUUAUUACGGUCUACGAUUACGGAGAUCAAAUAAAACUCGGGAGGAGGUGCAGACGACGACGAACGCUUUCUGUGCUAAAAUCCGCCGUCAUGUCUACUGAAGCCACUGUUGCGCACUGAUACCCCAUCAGCCCCGACCGGUCAGAGCGUCUAGUCCGAACACAGCAGAGAGCCGGUGGCUGAACCGUUGUCGGUGUGAUUUGCGACUUGUUUCUUGAAUGACUUCGUCACACUACUACCGCCAGGUACCUGUACGCAAAAGUCUCAGUCCCCUGUCCAUCAUAUUCAUGGUUUUGACAAACUAGAUGUAAAGUACACUGUCAAACACUUUUUUCCACGACCGUAAUCAUGCCCGCCGUCAGAGGAGAUGGUAUGCGGGGAUUGGCUGUAUUCAUUUCAGACAUCAGAAAUUGUAAAAGUAAAGAGGCUGAAAUAAAGAGAAUCAAUAAAGAAUUAGCCAAUAUUAGGAGUAAGUUUAAAGGUGACAAGACAUUAGACGGAUAUCAAAAAAAGAAAUAUGUUUGCAAGCUCUUAUUCAUAUUUCUGCUUGGCCAUGAUAUUGAUUUUGGCCAUAUGGAAGCUGUCAACUUAUUAUCUUCUAAUAAAUAUUCUGAAAAACAAAUUGGUUACUUGUUUAUUUCAGUAUUAGUAAAUACUAAUAGUGACUUGAUCAAACUUAUUAAUCAAAGUAUUAAAAAUGAUCUGCAAUCUCGGAAUUCUAUCCAUGUAAAUUUAGCUAUGCAGUGUAUUGCAAAUAUUGGCAGUAGAGAUAUGGCUGAAGCAUUUGGUUAUGAUAUACCAAAACUGUUGGUAUCAGGAGAUACAAUGGAUGUGGUCAAACAAUCAGCAGCAUUAUGUUUUCUACGACUUUUACGUACUAACCCUGAUGUCAUACCCAUAGAUUCAAAUGGUGCCAGUGAGUGGACAUCAAGAAUUGUUCAUUUGUUAAAUGAUCAACAUUUGGGAGUAGUCACAGCUGCUGUUUCUCUUAUUGAUGCACUUGUAAAACGAAAUCCAAAAGAAUAUAAAGCUUGUGUUAGUUUUGCAGUUUCAAGGCUUUCCAGGAUUGUGACUGCUAGUUAUACAGAUCUUCAAGAUUAUACUUAUUAUUUUGUCCCAGCUCCAUGGUUGUCUGUUAAAUUACUUAGACUUUUACAAAAUUAUUCAACCCCAGAAGAUGCAGGUGUGAGAGUUAGGUUGAAUGAGUGUUUGGAGGCUAUUUUGAACAAAGCUCAAGAUGCUCCAAAAUCAAAGAAAGUGCAACAUUCCAAUGCUAAAAAUGCUGUACUAUUUGAAGCUAUUAGUUUGAUUAUUCAUAACGACAGUGAACCAAAUUUACUUGUGAGAGCUUGUAACCAACUGGGUCAAUUUUUAUCUAACCGAGAAACAAACCUAAGAUAUUUAGCUUUGGAAUCCAUGUGUCUUCUAGCUAAUUCUGAGUUUUCACACGAAGCUGUUAAAAAACACCAAGAAGUUGUUAUAUUGUCUAUGAAAAUGGAAAAAGAUGUUUCAGUUAGACAACAAGCUGUUGACUUACUUUAUGCUAUGUGCGACAAGUCAAAUUCUGAGGAAAUUGUUCAGGAAAUGUUGAAUUAUUUAGAAACUGCUGAUUAUUCAAUAAGAGAAGAAAUGGUAUUGAAGGUGGCUAUAUUAGCUGAAAAAUAUGCAACUGAUUACACGUGGUAUGUGGAUGUGAUACUUAAUUUAAUUAGGAUAGCAGGAGAUUAUGUAUCUGAAGAGGUUUGGUAUCGUGUUAUUCAAAUUGUAAUUAAUAGAGAUGAUGUACAAGGUUAUGCUGCCAAAACUGUCUUUGAGGCAUUACAAGCACCUGCUUGUCACGAGAAUAUGGUGAAAGUUGGUGGUUAUAUCCUUGGAGAGUUUGGCAAUUUGAUUGCUGGUGAUACUCGAUCUGCACCAAACGUCCAGUUUCAGUUAUUACAUUCCAAGUAUCAUUUAUGUUCACCAAUGACUCGAGCAUUAUUACUGUCAACAUAUGUAAAAUUCAUUAACUUGUUCCCUGAAGUGAAAACUACAAUCCAGGAAAUACUUAAACAAGACAGUAAUUUACGAAGUGCUGAUGCUGAACUUCAACAACGAGCAUCUGAGUAUUUACAACUAUCUAAAAUUGUAUCAACUGAUGUUUUGGCAACAGUUUUGGAAGAGAUGCCAUCUUUUCCAGAACGCGAAUCAUCAAUAUUGGCUGUCUUAAAAAAGAAAAAACCAGGUCGAGUGCCAGAAACUGAAACAUUAGAAAACCAUAGUCCUCAACCUUCUCCGAUAAAUCAUCAAAAUAAUCAUGUUAAUAAUCAUACCAAUUCCAAUAGCAAUUCUGCUGAUCUGCUAGGUUUAUCAACACCAGUAGCAUCUAGUACACAUACAAGUAACGCAAAUGUUUUGGUCGAUGUCUUGGGAGAUUUAUAUGGUGGCGGAGGAUCAACAGGUUCAAACUCAUUAAAUGCCAGUCAAAAUAAUUAUAACCCCAAAAAAUUCAUUUGUAAAAAUAAUGGAGUACUGUUUGAAAGUGAAUUAAUUCAAGUUGGUGUGAAAUGUGAGUUUAAAAGAAAUUUGGGACGUUUAGGUCUGUUUUAUGGCAACAAAACUACAAUUCCACUACAGAAUUUUUCCACAGUAUUAUCUAGUCCACAUCUCUGGGUCACUAAAUUGGCUAUACAAAUUAAACCUAUUGAGCCAGUUCUGGAAGCUGGAGCUCAAAUACAACAAUUGGCUAUUAUUGAGUGUGUAGAAGAAUAUGCGGACACACCUGUUAUAAAUGUUUCAUUUGUAUACAAUGGUGUACCUCAAAAUGUUUCCGUUAAGCUGCCAGUGACUUUGAAUAAGUUUUUUGAACCAACUGAAAUGAAUAGUGAGUCUUUCUUUGCUCGGUGGAAGAAUCUAGGCAGUAAUCAUGAUCCUCAAAAGUCACAGAAAAUCUUCAAAGCAUCACAGCCAAUGGAUCAAGUUUCAACAAGAACCAAACUAUCUGGAUUUGGUAUGCAAUUACUAGAUGGCAUUGAUCCAAAUCCUGACAAUUUUGUUUGUGCUGGUAUUGUUCACACAAAAACACAACAGAUUGGAUGUUUGCUACGUCUAGAACCAAAUAAACAAGCUCAGAUGUAUCGUUUGACAGUAAGGUCCAGCAAAGAACCUGUGUCCAUUGAAAUUUGUGAUCUUUUGGCUGACCAGUUUUGAAAUUCUGGUAAUAGUUAAUAGUUGUGUGAAAACACCAUGGAAUAUUGAAUAUUUUUUUUUUGUUUGUGAUUUUGAAUUAUUGUUUUACAUGUAUUAUGCACGCACACACUAGACAUAUGUACACAUACAAAUCUAAAAUCAUCUGUGAAUAAACCUAAAAUAAAACGUUCUAAGUCUGAGAUCGUAUAGUUUAUUUUAUUAUUAUUUUUAUGUAAUUUAUUGAAUUGUUUUUCUUAUAAUGUAUUUUAUGUUGUAUGUGUACAUGUAUCCGGAUAACAAGUGUUGCCAAGACCCCAAAGAUGUUAAGUGGUAAAAUUAAAAAAAUAUUUUUAUUUAUUUAUCAAGGAUAAUAAUUAAAAUGUAGGUUUCUUUUAUAUUAUUUUAUAAACAUCAUCAUUAUUUUUCUUUUCAAUAUCCCAAAACUGUAAUGAGUAGACUAAUACUGUUACAGUACUAUUAUACAAUAGUAUUAUGUGAUGAUUCUCUUUCUUUUACUGUAAUCUACUCAAAAUUUAUUAUCUAGAAAUUUAAUAAAAAAAAAGUUUCUUGACAUUAAUUUGAAUAAAACCCUUUUUAAUUUUUUUUUUUUUAACUAGAUUAUAAUAGUGUUUUAGAAGUUACCACAAAAAACUCAAAGCAAAAUACAUUUAUAUAUGCUUGUUUUGUGAAAUUAGGAAAAACAAUCUUACAGAUCAUUGUAAAUAUAUAUAUUAGAGUAUUAAAUACAUUUACUAAUAUAUAUAUCCUACACAAUUAUUGUGCAAACUAUAUCUUGUAAUGUAUAGAACCCUAGGUUUAUAUAAAAAUAAUUACACAUCUAUGUAUUAUGUUACAAAUAUUGUUUUAGUCACUAGGCUAGUAUUUUAUUUAUUAUGCCAUUUUAAACUAUUUAUACGAUUCUAUAAAAUAUAAAUUAUAAUUAUGCGCUAUGUUUUCAUUCUAAUUAGCUUAAAAAGUUAAAUUAAUUGGUGAUACUGGUUAGUAAUAAAAUUAAAGAAACCGCAUUCGUUAAUUGUAUAUUAAUUACCAUCACAAUAUAAGUAAUAAUCAUCAAUUUUAUUUUUGAAAUUUGUUUAGUUCUAAAUAAUUGUUUCCGGUUCCACAGUCUAGUGGGUCUGAUUAAUAAUAUUCACCAUAAAAAUGAACUAUAAAAAAAAUAGAAAUUGUUAAUCUCAUUUUUCAUUUAUAUGAUUUCUUCUUCCUUAUUAUUAUAUAAAUUAAUUUUUCUUAAAAUAAAAGUAAAUAAAAAUAUUUUUGUAUCGUUUAACCAAUUGAUAUUCCCGGUCGUGUUAGUUUUCUCUGUUCCUUGUAAUAAUCCAUCUUCAAUUGUAUUCAAGUUUUAGGUACUAUAAGAACCUAUUAUAUAAUACUGUUUUGUUAUGUUCAAAAGAAAAUAUUUUCAUCAAAUCGUAAUCCAACUUUUUAUAAACGUAUAUUCAACCAUAGUUCUUCAACUAUUGUAAAAUUAACUAUAUUUACUACAUUAUACUCUCCUGAUAGUUCUAUAAGAACAUAUUAUUAACUUAUAAUAACUUACUAGCUUUGCUAAUGAUAUAAUAUUAUAUAUUAUUAUUAUUAUUAUUAUCAUUAUAUCGUUAUUUUCUAAGUAUGACAAUAUAUUUAAUUACUACUAUAUUAUCAUAUUUUAUAAAUAAUUUAACUUAAUAUGUGAUCCAUCCUUUUAUCCUAAUUAUUUAUUUUUAUUUUGUAUUCUAUUUUACUAGACAAAACUUAAUAAUUGUCUUAAUAAAAAUUCUCACUGAAUAUAUUAUAUAUAAACAAUACAUUUAUAAAUGUGACUAUUAGUAAUUAUUUAUUGUUAAUUUACAUUAUUUUAUACCUCUUUUUUUUAUUUAUCUUUAUUUUAUUUAUUUCCAUGUAAUAAUAAUAUAAUAAUCGACAGUUAAAAUUUAUUUUUAUUGAAUGUCUUAAACUUUAAAACAGUGGUUGAAAUGUAUGCAAAUUGAUAACUAUAUUCAAUAUGUGUCUAUGUUAUCAUUGACACUACAGUAUAAUAUUAUGAUAUAUUAAUGGAUAGAUAUCUAUUGUAUGUUUUAGCAAAGUCUACUUUUCUCAACUUAUUUUAUAUUUAAUCAACAUCCUAAAAAAAAAAAAAAACUUAAUUGUUUACAGAGAAUACUCAUUUUCAAAUAAAAAGUUCUACCAUUUUUUUCUUUACUUAUCUAAAAUGUUAGAACUGUUGUAUCCCCUUGUAAUUGAUUUCACUCUUUAUUUUCUAAUGCUACUAUAGUGUUAACAUUUAAGCAUUUUUUUAUUUCUAAAAAUAUAUUCAAACGUAUUUUCAUUCAAAAAAUUAAUUUAAAGGUAAAUUUUUUUAUUGUUCAUUCAUGAUGGAUACAACGGAAGUUAUUGAACAAAUUCUAUAGAAAUGUUCUCUUGUUCUAUCUAAUUUUUCUAAUUAUUUUAAAGAAAAAUUUAGGACCAUUAGAGUUUCAACACCAGAGUUAACAAAUUAAAGAGUUUAUUUUAUGAAUUUAAGAUCAACAUUUGUCUUUUACUAACAAAUUAUAAUAUUAUUAAAUAUAUUUUUGUCUAAAUGUUAAUGAUCAGAUUUGUCUUUAUUUAGGUAGGUACUUAGACACCAAAUAUUCAUUGUUGCUAACAUGUAUGUUUCUGGUAAUUUUUCAACUAUCUGUUUCAAUACCUGGAAAUCACUGAAAAAUGAUAAGUCUUGUUUUAUCAUACUCUCCAUAAAGUUUGUUGAUGAUUAGGUAGGAAUGGUAGGAUUUAAAAGCCAAAAAUUCUUCUUUGUUCGAAUAGAACUUCAUGAUUACUUUAGUAUGAGCAAUUUUAUCCUAGUUUGAAAUUAAAUCAACAUUAUGUUAUAACUUUUUAUUAACUUUUAAAAUAAUAUAAUUUCCGUAAUUUAAUUCUUAGCCUUUAGUGUAAUUAAAAACUGCUAUGUUAAAUUCCACAAUUUCUUAAUUUAUAUUUCUUUUUGUUCAUUGAAUUUCGAAUAGUAAUAUUAACCUAUAUUAUGUUAUAUUUAAUAUGUAUUGACGUAUUGUUUAGAUAUUUAUUUAUUCAUUAUUGGAAUAAGGACUGAUAUCAGUAUAAUACUGUUUAAGAGAAUUAAUAAAAUUUGUUGAGAAAAGUACCCAAAACAAAACUAAAUUACGCUUGAAUUUACAAAAAUAUACAACGGGUAUCUACUUAAUAUUAAUUGUAUUAUAUUUUAUUCAUUGUAUAAUUAACUAAUAUAGGUGAUAUAACAAUAAAAACUUGUUAUUAUUUAUUUGUGUCAUGUUAAUCUUUAUGUUUGGUAGAUAUAAUAAAGGCGGUAAAUAUA